AUGACAGUGGCCGAAGCUAUGGGCGAGACCGCCACGAAUGUGCAGCAUACCCAUCUAGGUGCCAAUGCUCCAACAGAGAUCAACGCCAGGGACCUCUUCUCGCUCGACCACAGAACGAUCAUCGUGACCGGCGCUUCCGGCGGGAUGGGCCUCACAGUGGUGAAAGCGAUCCUGCAAUUCAGCGCCGACGUCAUCGCCGUAGACUGCCACGAGGCAGCAAGCUCUGCUCAGGAAGGCAUGCACUAUUCCCGUCCUCUCCGACAUCAAGACCUCCAAAGAAUAGCCCACGAAACCAACACGCAUUUAACAUACCACCACUGCGACAUCUCAAACCUGGAAUCCACAUCCUCGGUUUUUGGGGAUGCGGUCUCCCGCGCGCGGUACCCUCUGCGCGGACUCGUCCACUGCGCGGCCAUCGGCUGGACGGAGCCCUCCAUCAACUUCCCCAUAGAGGAAGCGCAGCAGAUCGUCGAAGUCAACUUGAUCGGCACGUUGAUUUGCGCCCAAGCCGCCGCCACGCUGGUGCUCAAGAACGGCGGUCCGUCGGCGAGUUUUGUCCUCAUCGCGGGUAUGAGCGGGUAUGUGGUCAACAAGGUGCGUUGCGUACGAGAACAAGGAUGCGGGUGCGCGUUUUGUGUGUCGCGGUCUAACUCCCCAUACGGCGCGCGGGGCACGCCAAACGCAGCCUACGCGGCCUCCAAAGCCGGGGUACAUCAGCUGACGCGCAACCUGGCGUCAGAAUGGGGAAGUCCUUGUCCGCAGGCCAAGGCCAAGGACAACGGCGGCGGCGGCGGCGGACUAAACACCGCUCGUGAGAAUCAGAACGCGAGAAGUUUCUGA